GAGCCUUUCAGUCUAAACUCUGGGCGGACUCUCUGUUUCUCUCUGGUCUUCCACUCGCUUGAAUGAAACAGCAGCGACAUCGUCAAAGCUGCAGGAACAAUCUGAACACUGCUCAUUUGUUUUACAGUUUGAGUAUUCCUCUCAGUUUUCUCCUUCAAGCGUGUGGGUCCUCACGGUGACAGCUCAACAUGGACCCGCGGAAAGUCAGCGAGCUCAAGUCUUUCGUGCAGAUGUGCCAGUCCAACCCCGGGAUCCUGCACCUUCCUGAGAUGAGCUUCUUCCGGACCUGGAUGCAGAGUAUGGGUGCAACAAUUCCUCCAGCACCCAAGAUGGGAGAUUCUUGCAAGGGAGGCUGCCCAUGUGAUGCGCCUCCUGCAGCAGCUGCUGCCCCUGAACCAGGGCCACUCACAGAGUCUGAGAGCGAGGAGAGUGAAAUAGAAAUUGACAAUGAUGGAGUUAUUGAGCCAGACACUGAUGUACCAGAGGACAUGGAAGACUUGGAGGACAUAGAGGUCACAGAUGAGAUGAUGGACCAGGCAAAUGAAAAAAAGAUGGAGGCCAUUACUGCUUUAGGAGAAGGUGACCUACAGAAAGCGCUGAAUCUUUUUACCGAGGCUAUCCAGUUGAACCCAUGUCUUGCCAUCCUGUAUGCCAAGAGAGCGAGUGUUUAUAUCAAGAUGGAGAAGCCCAAUGCAGCCAUAAGAGACUGUGACAGGGCAAUCAAGAUCAACCCAGACUCUGCACAGCCCUACAAGUGGAGAGGAAAAGCUCACAGGCUGCUUGGUCACUGGGAGGAGGCGGCCAAAGACCUGGCCACAGCGUGUAAACUGGACUAUGAUGAAGAUGCCAGUGCACUGCUGAAGGAGGUCCAGCCCAAGGCUCAUAAAAUAAAAGAGCACAGACGCAAGUAUGAACGGAAAAGAGAAGAGAAGGAGAUCAGGGAGAAGAAAGAGCGAAUAAAGAAAGCAAGGGAGGAACAGGCGAAGGCUCAGAGGGAGGAAGAAUCAAGACCGUUUGGAGGUGGAUAUUUCCCAGGAGGUCCAGCUGGAUUUCCAGGUGGCACUCCACCUGGCAUGUCUGGUUUUGCUGAUCUCUUACAAGACCCAGAACUCGUCAAUGCAAUGAAGGACCCAGAGAUAAUGGCUGCCUUCCAGGAUGUCUCUACAAACCCAGCUAACAUCGCCAAGUAUCAGAACAAUCCUAAAAUCAUGGCUCUUGUCACCAAAUUGAGUGCAAAAUUCGGAGCAUCACCACAACCAUAAGAGAGCUGAGGAUCUGGGGAGCCUUUUCUACUAUUAAUCCACUGUGGGCUAAUCACAAGAGCAGGCAGGAGAUAAAUUGCUUUUGUAAAGAUGGUGGAUGGUGUUUUCCAUCAGCUGUUAGAACAUGGCACUAUCUAAGGCAGAGGUUCAAAGGUGUAACAUUUAGAAGUCCAAUGGACCUGUAUUGCUGAGCUAAGACCUAACCACUGACCUAAUCCAAUUCUGAAAGCAUUUUUUCCAUUCACAUCAUUAAAUGUCACUCAAAGGUCAAAAACACUAGGUUUUCCCUAUUUUUUGAUCAACUCUUGAAACCUAUGUUGGCACUUGUUGAACGUUCAAAAUUAAUGUUCCUUUUGAUGUCUGUUGGCAAGUUGAUUCACAAUAAAACAUGCUGUUGCUUCAAACUAA